AAUGAAACAAGCUAAAUCCAGACUAAAGUCAGACGAAAUAAAGGAGGCAGACAGAAGUUUAGAAAAGACAAACACGCAAUACACAUUUGAGCAAAACCAAGAUCUGGAAAACAUGCUUUUCAGACAAAAUACAUUUGGAAAGCUCACACUCUCUUCUUCUCUUGUAACUACAAAACAGGGAAAACCAGUUGAAAAAUUAACCAACAAAGGAAACAUAAAUACAAAGACGAAAUCAGAUCAGACUGAAUGCUGGAUCACAGGAUGUGUUGUUCUGUCCUGUAACAUACUUGUGGCGGCUGACCAUUACAACGUAAAACUGAAAGUUAUUGACAUAAAAAAUAGAGCUGUAAUAGAAGAGACAACACUUUCUUCUAGACCAUGGGACAUUGCAGUAAUGCCUCAUGACCAUAUUGCUGUGACAAUGCCAGAAAAGAAAGAGAUCCUUAUUACAACAACAGCAGGUAAACUGACAACUGUCCGCAAAUUUCCAGUUAAAGGAGAAUGUAGAGGUAUAGCUUAUCAUCAAGGUCAUCUCUAUACAGUUUGCAUUAAUUGUGUAUUUAUAACAGAUACACAAGGUAACGUCCAGAAGAAAAUUUCACUGAAUAAUAAGAUAAAUAGCAUGCCAAACUACCUAGUGCUUAGUAAGGAUCGGGGACAUAUAUACAUCAGUGACGUUGAUAGUGACAGUCUCUUUCGUAUAACAUUACAAGCUGAUAUAUGUGAUGAAUACAAAAACAAAGACCUUGAUUCACCGACGGGAAUGGUGAUGCUAGACGACGAGUCCUUGCUGGUGUGUUGCGGUACUUCGACAAAUGGCAGCAUACAUCGUUUCUCGGGUGAUUUUAAGCAAUGUCACACAUUGAUAAAUGAUCUGCGUUAUCAAUACACGGUUUGCUAUAAUCGUGAUCAACAUGAGGUCUAUGUCGGAUGCUAUUGUUCUCUGAUGUACGUGUUGAGUGCAAAAUAA